AGCUUGGUUGGGCUACUGGCAAAUCCUUCCUUCCUUGGGGUAGACGUCUGCGGUGAGAAAUUGGUUCCGAACUCAAAGGAACCCAGCGUGGGGCGACAGCCGGGUCACGUGGCCGGCGGUCCUCAUGACGUGCUGGCUGCGGGGCGUCACUGCGACGUUUGGGCGACCUGCCGAGUGGCCAGGCUACUUCCGUCACCUGUGUGGUCGCGGUGCUGCCAUGGACCUGGGACCCAUGCGCAAGAGCUACCGCGGAGACAGAGAGGCAUUUGAGGAGACUCAUCUGACCUCCCUGGACCCAGUGAAACAGUUUGCUGCCUGGUUUGAGGAUGCUGUUCAGUGUCCUGACAUAGGGGAGGCCAACGCCAUGUGUCUGGCUACCUGUACCAGAGAUGGAAAACCCUCUGCUCGCAUGUUGCUACUGAAGGGCUUUGGCAAAGAUGGCUUCCGUUUCUUCACCAACUUCGAGAGCCGAAAAGGAAAAGAGCUGGACUCAAAUCCCUUUGCUUCCCUUGUCUUCUACUGGGAGCCACUUAACCGUCAGGUGCGUGUGGAAGGCCCUGUGAAGAAGCUGUCUGAGGAGGAGGCUGAGUGCUACUUCCACUCCCGCCCCAAGAGCAGCCAGAUUGGGGCUGUGGUCAGCCACCAGAGUUCUGUGAUCCCUGAUCGGGAGUGUCUGAGAAAGAAAAAUGAGGAACUGGAACAGCUCUACCAGGAUCAGGAGGUGCCCAAGCCAAAAUCCUGGUGUCUGUGCUUUUCUUUGUUCUGAGCUUCAGUUUCCUGUUCCCACAGCAGCUCCUGGAGUCACGGUGAACCUGAAACCCAGCCCCUCCCAGCUAAGUAAACAGAAGCAGAGGCCGGCUCAGGCUAAUGAAUAUUCAUCAUGCUGGAAAUUCAAUCCCAGCGCCCAUGCGUCCACCCAGAAGCCGGGGACCUCCGGGGACUGCCACGCUGGAGGAGGGAAUCCCAAGGGAGAUCUGGAGUGGCGGAGCACAGGAGGCUCUCUCUCAGUUUCCCCACUGUUGGGUGUCUGGUUGCACUUCCCAGCUGUAGCCAAGGUCACUCUACGCAUUUCAUCUUUCAAGGAAGCUCAGAUCCCUCUCCAGCAUGGACCACCACCUGGAUGUUGUCCAGGGCACAACCGGGAAAGGGUUAAGGGCUGCUGCUUCCAUUGGCAGGCUGGGUAGGACAGGGUGCACCCCAGCUUCCUUUGAACUCCCUGAGUCGAAACCAGUCCCUGGUUAAACUGGUUGGCAGACCGGUUCCCAGGCUGUCACUCCCCUGCCUGAAGCCUCAAAGUGGGGACUGGGUUGGGGGCUGUGGCUUCCUCCUGACCCAAAGAGCCCCUCCUUAAAAUCUCCCUAGGGAGAAAAAAAGGGGUACCAGCCUCUCCUCGGGUCAGGCUCUCAAGACCCACCACAACCUCAAACAUUGUCAUCCCUCUCCCCCUUUGCUUGGAGGUGGGCUUCAAGGCCCUUGAGAUCAUAUGCAGAAUUCCAUGUUUGUGGGCAGGGGCAUUGAUUUUUCUGCAUAGAUUAUACUCGUAGCAGACUCUCAAAGAGACUUGUGACAGUCUCUCCACUAGCAAAGUACCACUGGCUUCAACUCCUCCCAGCAGUCAAUCGAAAGGGCCUUCCUGGGUAUUAUAAAGUUGGCAAAACCUGGAGCAAGUUCUCAAGGGAAGGAGAGAUGGGCCCCUAGUGAGGCUGGAAGAGAAGGAAAGGCAAGAAGGCAGGGGAUGGGCACAUGGUUGGGGACAGGGGCAGAGUGUGUGCACACAGGGGGCGAUCGUCCUCUCUGAUCUGCAGCCACACUCCCCCUGUAAACCCACCAUCGGCCAAGCCUGUGUGCAGCCCUCAGCCAGGGCUGCUCUUGCAGAUGGCUCUGUGCCUGGGGAGCAUUGCUGUGCAGCCACCAAGGGGUGGCCUCUCCUGUUUGCACUUGCGUUCUCUCUCCCCUUGGAUGGGCAUCGCUGGAGAGUAGAAAACAUCUGCUGCAUACUCAAUGUCUCUGCCACUCCUGGGCCCAGUGCAGCCCAGCUCAGGUGCCAAUCCAAGCACCAGCUACCUUCCUUCAUGGACUGGGGAUGUGCGUGUCAGGCACAGAGUGAGGCAUGAGGUAGAGAAAGGCAUAAAAUUCCCCCUUUCCCUGGCUCUCCCUCUAAGUUACAUUGGAAAUCCCAGCUCACUAACUCUAAGAGCUGUCGUCCAUCUCCAAUCCUGCUUCUACCCACUCCAGCUUCUGAUGGCCUCUUGGGUUUGUAUUCUCCAUCUGAAACAGCCCCUCUUCCCUUAAAAUGUCCUUGGAUGGGCAGUCCUCCAAAGGCUCCCCACAGCCCAUAGCAGAACCCACUUGGCCUGGCUCUCCUAGGAUGGGACCUCUGCAGCCUCCUCUCACGCCCACCCCGCCAUGUCAACUGUCCCUGAACAGUAGACGCUUCUCUGCCUGCCUUGGUAGGCACAAGGCUGCCUUAGAACGGUGGGAUUAGAAGUGCUGGCUGUGCUCUUGGGUAGCAAUGUCCUCCCCAUCACCUGUGUGACCCAAAACAAACUCCUAUUCAUCCCUCAAAACCUGAAUUAAUGAUUACACCUUCCACCCUACCAGAAAUUUUCUUGUUUUCCUUUCUGUGUUCCCAUAGAACCUGCUCAUAUACUUCUAUUUAACAUGAUAUAUAUACCAUUAUUGAUUUCCACUUAUAAACUUUUAGCUCUUUGAGCCCAGAAUUAUGUAUCACUGAUACAGGCCUGACAUAUAGUAGGUACUUAUGCAAGCCUGAAAAUACAAAUGAGAAACACAAACAUUGUUUUUACCCAAAUAAACUGUUAAUGUAGCCAA